UUCGUCCUAUUUGAGCUGGCAGUGCUGCAGACAGGGAGCUGCUGGGAGUCACAGGUGCUUCAUCUCAACUGCUUCCAGGAUGGGUGACCAGGCGAUGAGCUUCCUCAAGGACUUUUUAGCAGGUGGGAUUGCUGCAGCUAUUUCCAAGACUGCUGUUGCCCCCAUUGAAAGAGUAAAGUUGCUGCUGCAGGUCCAGCAUGCCAGCAAGCAGAUAUCAGUUGAGGCCCAAUAUAAGGGGAUCAUGGACUGUGUGGUCCGAAUUCCCAAAGAACAAGGCUUCAUUUCCUUCUGGAGAGGCAACCUUGCCAAUGUCAUCCGUUAUUUCCCAACCCAAGCUCUCAACUUUGCCUUCAAGGACAAGUACAAGCAGAUCUUUCUGGGGGGUGUAGACAGGCACACUCAGUUCUGGAGGUUUUUCGUUGGUAACCUGGCAUCUGGAGGAGCAGCUGGUGCCACAUCCCUCUGCUUUGUAUACCCACUGGAUUUUGCCAGAACCCGUCUCGCUGCUGAUGUUGGCAAAGGCUCAGCCCAGAGAGAGUUUAAUGGCCUUGCAGAUUGCUUAACAAGGAUCUGGAAGUCAGAUGGUGCCAAAGGUCUUUACCAGGGAUUCAACGUGUCGGUCCAGGGCAUUAUCAUUUAUAGAGCGGCCUACUUUGGCGUCUAUGAUACCGCUAAGGGCAUGAUGCCAGAUCCCAAGAACGUGCACAUUAUGAUAAGCUGGAUGAUUGCUCAGUCUGUCACUGCUGCAGCUGGUCUGGUCUCCUAUCCCUUUGACACUGUUCGGCGUCGUAUGAUGAUGCAGUCUGGCCGGAAAGGAGCUGAUAUCAUGUACAAGGGAACAAUCGAUUGCUGGAGGAAGAUUGGUAAAGAUGAAGGACCUAAAGCCUUCUUCAAGGGUGCUUGGUCCAAUGUUUUGAGAGGCAUGGGUGGUGCAUUUGUACUUGUAUUGUAUGAUGAAAUCAAGAAAUAUGCAUAAAUAAUCUGACACAUUUUAACCCUUUCUACAUAAAUUUCUAAAAACUCAGUGAACUCUGUUUUCAGGGACAGGGAAAAUCCCAAUUUCCUCAGUAAGUUAACAAGACAAGGGGAGAUACGCAACAAGAACACAUAGUUCUAUAGGAUAGUUUCUAACCUUGUGACAGAUGUACGCUGCGGCACCUCACACAGGUUCUAUGGGUACUUCAGCUUGCUAACUUUAACUCACUGGGAAAGUUUCUAUUAGUAAAUUAUUCAGAGCUACACAAAAACUAAAUACAGGGGUACAUGGUUAAUAAAAGAAGUUGGAAAAUCCUGACAUUUUAUAUGCUGGUAAAAAAAACCUGUGCAACAUAUAUGUAAAGAAAUGUAGUUAUGUACUUUAUAAAUACAGUCAAUAAAAUAUAUGUCUGAAAGACUA